AUGAGUGAAAUUAAAUACAAAAAACUCACAACUAAACUUGAUAAAGGAUUGAAUCUUUGUCUUUUUGAAACAAUAUUCAAUUGGAGACAAGUUAAUGGAUUAAAACACGAUGACUAUACAAGAUAUAGAAGAUUUUGUUCACGUAGAAUUAAGAGAAUAAGACAAAAAGUCCAAUUAAUCAAUAAAUGGGAAAAAAAACAAUUUAAACAAUUAAAGUUAGUUGCUGAACAUAUGAAAACUUCAGAAUGUUUAAUGAUUCCUUUAUUAAAAGUAGAAAGAUGUUGGGCAUAUGCUAAUGAACUUCAACCUGUUGAUGAAACUGAAGCAAGAAAAGGACAUCAUCAAAAAAGAAGACUUCACAAAAUGAAACAAUAUUGUGAAGAAUUUAUUGGAUUAAUGAAAGGAUGUAAUAAAAGAACUCAAAGAGAAAUUACAGCAUAUAAUUUAUAUAUGAAAGGAAUGGUAGCAUUUGAAGAUCAUCAAUACGAAGAUGCAUUAAAGUAUUAUUUUAAAAGCAUUACUAUCAUUGGUUAUAUUGAUGCAGAGAUGAGUGAAGAAAGUAAAAUUAUCUUUAGAGAUAUUGUAGAUGAUGCCAAUGCUAAAAUCAGAGUUUGUAAAAGUGAAGGUACAGAAAUUAAAGAAGAAGAAGAACUUAAAGAAAUUGAAAAGUGGAAAGUUGUUGAUGGAGAAGCUCAACUUUUCUCUAUUCCUGAUGAUCUUAUGAGAGAUGUUAUGAAAAAGUAUAGAGAUAGUAAAAAUAAAGGAAUUGUAGAACGAAUGAACAUUAUCCAGAAAGCAGUAAGUCAUUGUAAUAAAAUGAUUUCUAAUAAAAAAAUUGCUAAUAGAAUGAUGUAUAAAGAGUUAUUAGAUUAUGCUAGAGAAGAGAAAUAUAAAUUAAGUGUUGCAGAAAUUAUUGAAAACAUUAAUGAAUUAGAAAAGCAUUUAGGACAAUUUUCUCUUGGAAGUGAACAUAUAGACUCAAAUGGAAAAUUAGAUAUUGUUAUGGCUGAAUAUUCUAAAUUAAUUUAUAUGGAAAAGAAAAAACCAAAUCCUAAAACUUGGCAAAUAUCAAGUUGGCAAUGCUAUCAGAAUUAUUAUCAUUGUCUUUCAUUAUUUAACCAAAAUAAAUUAAAAGAAAGUUAUACCCAACUAAGAGAACUUAUUGAUACUAUCGACGAAUUAACUCCUUCUGUUGAGGCUUCAGAAAGAAAAAGAUUAGAAACUACUUUAACUUGCACCCAUCAAUUAGUUGUUGAAUUGUUAAAGAGUUUAUGGAAAGAAAAAACAGGAGAUAAGGCUUUAAUGAUUGAUGCUUGUUCACAAUAUUUAGAAUAUCCUUCAUUAGAAAAGAAAGGAUGGUUCUCAUGGUGGUAA